AUCUGUCCUCACUUAACGCAGGAAUGUUUUCCGGCAGGUUCACCUCCAGGUUUACCUGCCCAGCUGCUCAUGCUCCUUGGCACCGCUGAUGGUCAGUUGAAGCUGACUUCUGAGCAAAAUGCCAUCAGCCUCUCCCCUGGCAAGUACCGCCACCUCGACCGUGCCACCAACAAAGAGCUGAUCUGCGACAAAUGUCCUGCAGGAACCUAUGUGUCUAAACAUUGUACAAAGAGUACCUUAAGAGAGUGCAGCCCUUGUCCAGAUGGGACCUUUACUAAGCAUGAGAACGGCAUAGAGCGGUGCCACCCCUGUAGAAAACCUUGUGAACUGCCAAUGAUUGAGAAAACUCAUUGUACUGCCUUGACUGACCGCGAGUGCACUUGCCUGUCUGGUACAUUUCAGACGAACGAUACCUGUGUCCCUUACACGGUGUGCCCGGUCGGCUGGGGCGUCCGCAAGAAAGGAACCGAGACAGAAGACGUUAGGUGCAAGCCGUGCCCUCGUGGUACCUUUUCUGAUGUGCCUUCUAGUGUGAUGAAGUGCAAAACAUACACUGACUGCUUUGGGAAAAACAUGGUGGUCAUCAAGCCAGGGACAAAGGAGAGUGACAAUGUCUGUGGCUCUCCAGCGUCUCUCCCGAACACAUCUUUGACUUCGUCAAGCACCGAAGUGGGUGAAGAGCCCUAUGAAGCUCCACCUACUGCCCAGCUUCCCAAAGGUCUGAACUCUUCAGUUCCCGAUUUUGUCCCCUCUCCAGUGCCACACAUGUCCAGCGGCAUGGCGGCCAGCUACUACAACGAAACCUCAGCCAAUGAGACGGAUAGCGCUGGUGGGACCCUUGCCGGCUCUGGUGCCACCAGUCAGGCACAGAGCUACCGGCACAAGCAGACCAGCCAAGGGUUGGAGAAGCAGCCAUCACUAGAGAUGGUGGGGGGUGAGAAGUCCAGUGUUCCGUACAGACCCCCCCGGCGAGGUCCACAGAACGUCCACCAGCACUUUGACAUCAAUGAACACUUGCCAUGGAUGAUUGUCCUCUUCUUGCUGCUGGUCCUGGUGGUUAUUGUUGUGUGCAGUGUAAGAAAGAGCUCACGGACUCUGAAGAAGGGGCCCAGGCAAGAUCCCAGUGCCAUUGUGGAAAAAGCUAUUAUGAAGAAGUCCACCACCCCCACGCAGAACAGGGAGAAGUGGAUCUAUUACUGCAAUGGGCAUG